AAGGGAUAUGGCAGAAGUAUUUAAUAAUUCAUCGUUCUUUAUACUCUUAUCUUUCUCCUGCUCUCUUUAGGAAAAAGAAUGAACAAAGCUUAAAAUAUAUAACUCUCUUCGUCCAAUUAAAACUGCAGAAGAGAAAACAAUUUUUAUCAUUAUUCCCCCAAAGCACACACGCGCACACACACCUAGUUUAUCUCGCCUCGAUCUUGGUAGUUGAUUUACCCAUGCUAGCCUCUGAUUACUUCUCUCUUUCUCUCUCUCUUUUCUUUUUUCUUUUCUUUUUUGCUACGGCUGAGUACACACACAAAGUCUAAUAGUUCCGCCUUUUAUCCUCUAAUCUAAUCUAUGUAUUCCAUAUCAGAUCUCUGCACCGUCCCCCUCCCAUUCUCAAUAGAAACAAUAGUCUCCACCUCUCGACUGCAACCCCCCCUUCCCUUGCGCUCUCUCUCCCUCUCUCUCUCUCUCUCUCUCUCUCUCUCUCAGUCCGUGGGAUCCCCAUCGAUCCCCUCCGCUCAUUCCUUGCAUCGCCUUCUCCUCACUGGAACCUGUUGACGGGAUCUGCACCCAGCACAGUUGACCGUUCCUCCAAUGACUGUCCGCCGUGGAGAUCGUGCAUCAGUUCCUAUCCGAGAGCACAUGGCCAUCGAUGUGUCCCCAGGACCGAUACGACCCAUUGCCCAAAUCUCAGCUUAUUUUCCGCAUCCUGGGCUGGAAGGGGUGCUGACAACACAAGAUAGGAUGAGAAGUGAAGGAACAACUGUACCCGCAGGAACUGGGGAAGGAGAAUCUACUGAAGGAUAUGAUUCUGAUGAAAACACAUCACUUGGGACUCUUGAAUUUGAUAUUCUCUAUGAUCCAGAAAGCUGCACCCUUGACUGCACCAUCCUACGAGCCAAGGGACUAAAGCCAAUGGAUUUUAAUGGCUUGGCUGACCCUUAUGUCAAACUACAUCUCCUUCCAGGUGCUUGUAAGGCCAACAAACUGAAGACACGCACUCAGCACAACACUCUCAAUCCUGUGUGGAACGAGGUCCUCAUCUACAAUGGGAUAACUGCAGAGGACAUGGCUCGGAAAACGUUGCGAAUCACUGUCUGUGAUGAGGAUAAACUGACCCACAAUGAAUUCAUCGGAGAGACUCGGGUGCCACUGAGACGCCUGCGCCCUGGCCAAAAGAGACACUUCAACCUGUGCUUAGAACGGCAACAACCGCUGGCAUCCCCUUCUUCCAUGACUGCUGCCCUGCGUGGAAUCUCCUGCUAUCUGAGAGAGUUGGAACCCCCAGGUGGCUGGGCCCUGGAAGAAAGGGGUCGCAUCCUGCUCGCCCUCACAUACAUCUCCGAACGUCAUGGAUUACUGGUGUCUAUUCUCCGCUGCGCCCACUUAGCUGCUAUGGAUGUAUGCGGCUACUCGGACCCUUAUGUAAAAACCUACCUGAAGCCAGAUGAAGAGAAAAAAUCGAAGCAUAAAACAACUGUGAAAAAGAAAACACUAAACCCGGAGUACAAUGAGGAUUUUUUCUAUGAGAUUGAACAAUCAGAUCUUGGUCAUAAAUCCUUGGAAAUCACCGUUUGGGAUUACGAUAUUGGGAAAUCAAAUGACUUCAUUGGUGGGGUGACCCUGGGAUUAGGGGCCAGUGGGGAGUGCCGGCAACACUGGCUCUCAUGCCUCCAGACCUCCGACUGCCGCCUGGAACAUUGGCACACCCUCACCAACGAGCUCCCAGAAUCCUCCACCUUUGGCCCUUGAGGCCCCCGUGAUCCCCACAGAACUGCACCCUUCUAUUUUGCCUGCCUGCCAAAAACCAACUGGAGGGGCCCAGCACCCAGAGGCCCCUCUUUUGCACGAGAACGUUUGCACGUUUCAAAACUACUUGUCGUGGGGGACCAUUUAUGCUAUGCUCUAGGGAGGCACUUACUGUAGACAGAAGGCCAUGCGUGGGGGAUUCGGGGCAGAUGCAGAAGAGCUGGAGAGCCGAGAAGAGCAGGAGGCAUUGGAAUUGCUACAUGUCCCAAGCGAGCAUCAGAUGGGUGAAGUCAAAAAACGAAUCCCUCUUUCCUUCCUGUCUUUCUCUCCCUCCCCCCCCCCGCUCUUCUUUCUCAUCUUGUAACCUAAGAGUGGUUGUGAAACGCUUCUACUUUUGUACAACUCAUUGCUGGCUGCAAAACAUAUUUUUUUAAUUUUUCAAAAGCAACAAACCAGUCAAAAGGAUGAAGUAAUUUCAUUUUAAAAGUCCCCAAUAUUAUUUUUUUUCUUAUUUUCCACAUGGGCUCCUGUUCCUCUUACCUUAGAAAUAUCAGAAGCAGUUACUGUAGUAUUUCUGCACCAUAAAAAAGGGGGGGCAUCCGCAUUGAUUUUCCAUAUGGCUCAGUUCUUCUAAUUAAGUCGCUGUCUUCAGAUGCAUAUUGGUUCAUGCUAUGCAUCCUUUUGAUUUCUGUGUAAAGCAAUCCUCUUUCAUCCCUUUCAUCCUAUUAUUUCUAAAAGAGGGUCAAAGAAACGAACAUUGUCCUCUUUAUUUGCUUUAAGUUCAGUGCUCUGCUUUUUCCUUCAAUUUACAAAAUAUUCGAAUCUGAAAAGAUUCUGGGCAAGCUGAGAGAUGGGGAGAGGGAAACCAAAAUGUCAAAUCUGAAAGGAGGGUAAAGAUAGAGCUUUAGAAUAGGACAUGGAUGAAUGCAGAAUAAAGGAGAGCAAUUUGGGGGGAAAUAUAAGUCUACCAACAUAUUUGAAAUUCAUAUGGCCUUUUCUUGCACCCCCUUUAAAGUGCUACCUCAGGCUUAACUGGUGCACCAUUACAGAUACUUCUCACUUUUAUUUGUACCAUGAAUCUCCUUCCUAUAAAUCCUUUUUUUUUUCAUUUUUGUUUUAUAGCAAAUAAUUUGCAUUAGUCUCUUUGAAUUUCAUUUUCGUAGUUUCAGAGCAUUUUUCCACUGAGUUUUAAUCCUAUCAUUCAGGAGAGUUAACUAUCUUUUCCAGUUUUAUAAGACUUGCAAGUUUAUUAAGAAUUUUAUCAUUUUUGUCAUUGCCAUUAAUAAACAUGGUUAGAAUCGGCAGCAUCAUAUCUCAUGUCUGUGCUUUACAGGAGAUUUUUGAAGUUUCCCAGCCUUGAAUGCACCGAACAGUGGGAGCUCACACACGCUGAAUACGUUUGCCAAUCUAAACACAAUAGGGGACCAAUCACAGAAUUCCCAAGUGCCAUUAAAGUAGUAAACUGGGAAAAAUAAUUAAGAUGAGUAUGAACCAGUCAUAUUUGACAUGCUUCUCAGGAGGCCUAGAGCCUCUUUUAUUAUGUUUUACUGUGUUCCUGAUAUUGUUCCAGCAAACUGGUCAUUUCCCCCCCAUUUUCUUUCUAUGCAUCUCCUGUCCUGACACCACAAUUACACCCUGUGGUUUUGCAAAGCAGUUCAGAGAACACCUUAAUGGGCAAUUCAUCUAGCCCACAGAAUUAAGCUAGAAAUGUUCUCAUCCUCUGUAUCAAUCUUGAGUAGGACUUGUGUUACUUAAAGCAAAGUUUUCUGUAACUUUGCUUCAGAUAAACAAGGAUUGGGCAGGUAUUUUUUAACCAAUCAAGUGGCAAGCCCAUUAUUUCUUUCUCCUUCUCCUAAUGCAAUCUCCACGAUUCACUUACAUUUCUGGACUAUAUAACGUUCUUCUUAGAGCUUUUCUAUAAUUCCCCCUUUAUUCCUAAAAUGUUCAGCAACUUUUCCAAUGUCAUUUGCUGUGCAGCCACAUGGUUUUCUCAAUAUCUGCCACUUUUCUCUCUCUGGAAUUGCUUGUAAUUGUGCCUUUUUAGAUGUUCCUAAUUUAGAAUGUAAACAUGGCUAGGUUGGCCAUCAUAUGUUUACAGAACAGACUUGGGCCAGUCCUAACCUGGAUUGGGGAAGGGGUUUGUUAAAGCUAGCAAGUGUGAAGGGCCUGACACAUGUACAGAGUAGAUUUUGCCUUCCUUUUAGCCUGAACAGACAACCAAGCGGAAAUUAAUGUUAAAUGCAGAAAUUUCCAUCUACCUUAUUCUUAUUUUAAUCACUAUGUGAGCGGGAGGGUGGGGGAGAAUUACCAUUUGAAUUUUCUUCCAGAGGGACCAAAAAUAUCUUGGACCCCCUCAAUUAAAACCACUCACUUCCUCUCUGAGCAGCAUAGCUGUUCACCAAGAGACAAGCAGUACUCAAGUGACAAAUCUGUUUGCUUUGUAAGAGGUGAAUCAACGCUGAAAGAGAGGUAGUGUCUUCCAUCAGUGUUUAUACACAAUUAUUUCACAGCCAAGUAAAAUGAGCUCUUUCUUUUCUCUUAAAGCUGAUUCACCCAUGCCUGAAAAAUAUUCUCUUCUUUCAGACUGAUAAAAGGAUUCUUCUUUUAUCUUUACAAUUUUUACUAUAGGACUCUUUCUUACUGUAUUCCUACCAGCACUAAAAAAAAAAAAAAAUAAAUCUGUAGCAAAAACAAUGAAGCACUGCAGCGAGCACAGCUUUUGGAGAAACCAUCUGCUAAAAUAACCGAAAAAUGCAGUUACAAAAGAGGGGAUGUUUUCAGCUCAGCUAAAAACAGUUGCAAACAUUUGGAAGAUUAAACUGCACUUAAUUUGGGUGAGAAGCAGUGAUAGAUGUCAAACGUUUACAUGUGCAGUAGAAAAACUCCUAGUUAUUGCUCUCUCUCUCUCUCUUCCAACCUGGACUAUGGGUAGUCCGCAACUUACAACAAUUCGGCCUGGAACAUCUGUCACUAAGUGAAGUAGUUAGGCAAGUUGUGCCUAAUUUUACCUUUUUUGCUGCAGGUGUUAAGAAAAUCCCCACGGUCAUUAAGCGAAUCACACAGUUGUUAAGCGAAUCUGGCUUCCCUAUUGCUUGUUGGAAGCCAACCAGGAAAGUUACAAAUUCUAAUCACAUGACUCUGGGGGCAUUGUGAUGGUUUUAAGCUCAAGGACCAAUUGUAAGUCGUUUUUUUCAAUGCCAUUGUAACUUUUGAACGGUCACUAAAGGAAUGGUUGUAAGUCGAGGACCCACCUGUAGAUUUGAAGCACUUAUUUUUUUUUUAGAAUCUUUUCUUUUCUUUUGCAGCAAAAGAGAGAUUUGCUCUACCUCGUCAAUAGAUGUUAAUUAUUUCAAGCAGAUUUUUCUUUACCAGUGUGUAAAUGAUGGCAUGUUACACAACAGGGUCAGGAAACAUCUCACCAAACAGUAGACCAAGGAUUUCAGGAGAGGAAAAGGAACAUAAGAGUGUAGAAAUCGCAACUGGAUGCUUUUAAUACAAAAACAAAAUCCCUUUUAUUAACUGUUUUGCAUGUUUCCCCCUCCCCCGAGUCUGUAAACAAA